AUGAAUCUUUUGUGCACAAUCACUAUUAACUUUAAAAGUGGAUUACAAUAAUACAGUUAGUAACUUCAAAGUCAUUAUGUAAUUUUAUAUUUAAGGAUAAGAUCAACUAAAGGAAGUAUUAAUUUCAAGUUUAAGAAUAUCUAUGGCCAACUCAUGA